ACACGCAUAAGUUGUCCAUAUACUAGGUGUCAGUCCGCGGUGCCUUUUUAUUCGAUCAGUCUCCUUUUUAUUGUCUCGAAAUGAACAUGAUGGAAAGUGUUGAUGCUGCAGAUCAUAGUGAAGAAGCUUUAUCCGAGCAAGGCGUCGAGAGCGAGGAAGUGGAACUGGACGUUUCCAAAGACCAGCAGGUUAUCCCCAUGCAGAGUGCAUAUGAAGGUUUGUUGGAAAAUGGCGCAGGAGAAGAAGUGGAAGGUUAUGUGGCCGUAUCAGUGGGCAUUAAUCGAUUUAUUCAACCGAAAAUGUUUGCUGCUUUGCUGUUUGAAGCCGCGGAUGGCAGAAUGCCCUGGAUCAGUAACACCGUCCCGCAGAAGAUUAUGGUCAACAGCUUGUUUGUGGUGAACCUGCGGGCUUUGGAUUCGGAUUCGGCGAUUCUCAAGGAUGGACUGGGUGCGUGGAUUCAGAAUUGCGGAAAAGUGACGAACUACUUCACAUGGGACAGCGCCACGGAAGAGCCUAAGGAAGUUAAAGGUGGCUCGGACUCCGGUUCCGACUGCUACGAAUUUGUCCGCCGGAUUGAUAAGAACGGCAGUAAUCUCAACUUCACCCGGGUAAUCGUCAUCUGUCCACAACUUGGACUGGCCGCUCUGCAGUAUUUUUUCAAGGGCGUGCCAGAGCAACCUUUCGAGAUCUCAUAUCAACGACCAAAGAAGAACCUCAACGUAAAUGCGCACCCUCCUCGAAUUCUGGCUACCAUACCACGCGACAGGAAACGUAAGAUCGGUCAACUGGACAUUUUGCCUGGUCAAGUGGGUGGCGCGGCAGUUGCAUCGGGGACCGACGUUGUUGAUCAUCCCGGCCCGAAGCGCAUCUUUCGACCUUUUCUUCCCCGUUCAUCACCGCAUCUCGAUGAAAACGGCUCGCCACCGACAGAUAUUAAUCCGGAGACGCUGAUCACUGUGUUUCGAUCGCAUCUCGCGGCGGAAAGGCAGGACAAAGCAGAGGAGCGAAAGUUGAGGAGGGAGGAGCUGGAGGCAAGGCGUAAAGAAAGGCUGGAAGAUCGAGAAAUGCAAAAGCAGGAGAUGGAAUUAAGAAGACAAGAGCUGCGCAUGCAGGAAACCAAGAUGGCUUUGGAACAACAAAAAUGGGAAAUCGAGAGGAAGGAAAAAGAAUUAUUUUUUGAGCUGUUGAAGCGAAAAUUGACGGAUGGAAUAUGAUAUUUGUUCAUUCGGCAGGCGCUGGUUUGCGCCGUAAAUCGCCAGCAAUUGUUUUCCAAAAUUCAUCAUGCCUGACUUUCAUUCUUGAUCUGUCGGAAGAACCCUAUAUUUUAGAUUCCAGUCGGCGCAAUGCCGACCGUGAUGGUUGAUUAGAGGAGAGAAAUUUUGUUUCCCGGAUCUAAUGCACAUUUACUUUGGUUUUAAUGUUUUAUGUACAUAAUUAA